UUCACAUAUUCCUUCUAUAUAGCUUAAAGCAUUCGAACAUAGCCAUGCUUACCUCGACACUUCGUUCCCUCUCACAACGGGGCCCCGUGGUGGCCCGCAGCUUUAGCUCCACCUCCGCAGCUCAUGCAGCCGAGGUCAAGUCACUUGGUGUGAUCGGUGCCGGCCAGAUGGGCCUUGGAAUUGCCCUCGUUGCUGCACAGAAAGCACAGGUCCCCGUAACCCUUGUCGAUACUUCUCAGGCAUCGUUGGAUAAGGGCCUCAAGUUUGCCGAUAAACUGCUUGAGAAGGAUGUCUCCAAGCAGCGCCUCACUCGUGAGGCUGCAGACGCAGCCCGUGGACUUUUGACACCCACUCUCAAGAUGGACGACCUCUCCUCCGUCGACUUCGUCAUUGAGGCGGUCCCUGAGAUCGUGGACCUGAAGACAAAGAUAUUUGCCAGCUUGGCUCAGAUCGCCCCGAAGCAUGCCAUCCUCGCCACGAACACCUCUUCCAUUUCCAUCACCAAGAUUGCCGCUGCGACGAGUGCGGAUCCCACUGAUCUGCAGGCUUCGUCUCGAGUAAUUUCCACUCACUUCAUGAACCCUGUCCCCAUCCAGAAGGGCGUGGAGAUUAUUCGUGGCCUGCAAACCUCCCAGGAAACAAUGGACACGGCCAUUGCCUUUGUCCAGCGCAUGGGCAAGGUUGCCUCUGUGUCAGCCGACUCACCUGGCUUCCUGGCCAACCGAAUCCUUAUGCCCUACAUCAACGAGGCAAUUAUCUGCCUGGAGACUGGUGUUGGUGGCCGGGAAGAUAUUGACAAUAUCAUGAAGACCGGCACCAACGUCCCGAUGGGUCCAUUGACCUUGGCCGACUUCAUCGGCCUGGACACCUGCCUCGCAAUCAUGAAUGUCCUGCACCAGGAGACUGGUGACAGCAAGUAUAGAUCUGCCGGUCUUCUGCGCCGGAUGGUGGAUGCCGGCUGGCUAGGCAAGAAGAGUGGAAAGGGAUUCUACGACUACUAGGCGUCUCUGCCUGUGUGAGGGAGGAGAAUCAUUGCAAGCACGAUACCCCUCCUGUGACUUUUUCUGAUAGAAAAUAUAAAGUUGAUCUGAUCCAAGCACUUGUCAAUCCCCCAACAAUAUUA